AUGGCUAUUGAUGGCGAGCGCCGUCUGACCAUCCCUGCCCAUCUGGCCAAUCACAAGCGAGUCAUAGGUGUCCCGCCAAACUGCCAGCUUACCUUUGAUAUCAGAUUGCUCGACAUCUUGGAUGAGAGCAUCAAGGAAGCUGAUUCCUCUGGCCGUGGCACGGAUCAGCAGCUCGAAUCUGAACAACAUGAGUCCCCGAACGAAGCCGCAGAGUUCAAAAGAGAUUCUCACCAGCACGAGGGGUCGCCUUCGUCUCUCGAUAAGCAACAGACUCAAACGAGUACGGAUGAGUAUGAUGUCGAGUUUGUAGAAGCUCAGACUCCGGCUAGCAUGGAGGGAUGGCUUCAAGAACCCCAUCUGAAAUGGGGUUCGCCACCCCCAAAAUCUGACAUGGGCGCGUCAAGGGACGAGGAUAAGAAGCUCAAGCUUGAGAGGUCCAAAAAGUCCCCCCAGGCAAGACAACCUGGCCAAGCUGAGCACCCCAAGACAGCAGGGCCUGCAGUAAGGGCUGGUUCCGAUAUAGAGCAAGGCACAGAUAAUGGUAGGGAUAAUGGUUCCGGUUUUCGCGCCAAAGACAUGAACAGACGAAAGCGGCCUUCUGGGCAGGCCGCGAUAAUUAAGCAAGUUGCAAAGGCGGUGCAAAAUGCCACUGGCAAGCGACCAGAGCCCCGUCAUAGCGGUACUGACAGAAGUGCGGCCCUGUCUUCGAAUCUGGUGUUGCAGCCGGCACCGGGCCGGCAGUUGGAGCAUUCAGCUAUGGAAUCACCUAGGCCAGUCUCCAAAACGGGGCCUGGUGGUAAGACGCAUCAGGAUGAGCAAUUGCCAAAGAUUGAGGAGAAUCCAGAAUUUAAGAAUGCUCGGGGUGCCUCCGCAGGAAGCCGGGACAAACGAGUAGAAGAGCCACACUCCUUGUUGGUCUUCGGUGAAGAGACACAUCAGAUGAGUGCAUAUUCGACAGAGGCCGAAAGGGUGCCGGAGACUUCCACUCGGCCUUCCCAUGAAUCAGAAAUCACUCCGUCCAAGUCUGCCGAUGCUGAUGAGGACUCCCCUCCCCGCCUCAAGAGGGUUGGUCAUGUGCAAUUCGACGGAUUCGCUGGAAAGGGGGGAGAUUCGCCUUCGAACUCGGAUGAUGCUGCAUCAGGAGACGCCGAAGAAUCUGGCUACCCAUUAGACCCUUCAUCCGCCGAUGCAACGGGGAAGCUCGGGGCUGGAACACCCCCAGGAAACUUAGCAAAGUCUGGCAAUCCCUUCCGCAACCCGUUUGGCGAAACAGAAGACUUUGCCAUUGUCGAGACUGAGAAGCACACGUGCACACUUCCUGGGUGUGGAAAGACUGUCAAGGACCUCAAGGCGCACAUGAUCACUCACCAGAUGGAGCGACUUGAGAAGUGCCCUUUUAUAACAUGCAGGUAUCACACCAAGGGAUUCGCUCAUAGUUAUGAUAAGAACCGCCAUCUCUUCAUACACCACCGAGGUCUCAUGAUUUGUGGCUUCUGUCCUGGGUCUGGCUCAGGGACCGAAAUGUCGUUUGACCAUUUAGAUGCUUUCGAGGAGCAUUUAUUGGCUGUUCACGGUGUUGAGAAGACUUCAGUUGGUGGACGCCCAGCAAAGGGCUCUGCUCCUAUGGCGCCAAAGACGCUUGCGUAUGCCCCUGAUGCCACUGGCACAUUCUUCUAUGAGCACUUGGAUGACUGCAUGGCGCGCAUUGUUCAGCAAGUGAGCCUACCGAAUCCUGAUGAGGAUAGCAACGAGAGGCCACGGCGGCUCGGCUCAGUCCGUACUGACAAGAUCUUCGUGCAACUAGUAGGUGAGCAACAGGGCAACCCCAGCGACGAAUCAGGCGAUCUCGUCGCCGCACAUACGCCACCUGAUCCUCAGAAGCUCGAGAGAAGACUGAGUUUCAACGAUACGGAUGAUGAUGGUAGUUUUGAAAAUAAUUUUAUCUGCCUCUGCUACUGCCCCUGCUAUUGCUGCGGCCAUCUCCUCAAGUCAUAUGGCGAUUCCAAGUGCCGCUGUUAA